AUGCAUUCAAAAUCGCCAUCCACGAAACGUCAUCACAAUAAUAAAGUUGGUAAUGAUAUUUUUCAAUAUUUUAAAAGAACCAAGACUAAUGAAAAAACAGCUACAACCGAAUCAACUUUAACAUCACAAGAUAAUUUAACCUCAAAUGCACAACUGAAUAUGUUAGGAAUUGUCGAAAACGUCGAAGAAUCAACAACAGCAAGAGUAGUAGCUGCUAAUAGAAGUUCAUCUGAAGCAAAUGAACAUAUACAUACAGAUGACAGUGAAAGAGAAAAUUCUAUCAUACCGGCUAGUACAUCUCACAUGCAAUCGUCAACAACAACAGCGACAACGCUGAACUGUCCAUAUGAUAAUAAUUAUUUAAAUGAAAUAGGAGUUAAACUACGUAUUAUGGAAACAUUGCUUCAUUCAUGUCAACAUUUAAUCAAGCUUUCCACAUCUAUUGAUAUUUGUCCUGAAGUCUUCGUAGAAGAAACAAAAAUUUUUGUUGAUAAACUUCUUGAAGCUGGAAGUGAUUUAAAAACUUUGUGUACGGAUAUUAUGUCAGAAACAGAAAUGAAAAGAAAUAAAAUAACAAUAAUGGAUUCAAAAGAAGAUGAGUUGGUUAAUCGUGAUCCAGGUUAUUAUGAUGUUGGUUAUAUAUUUAGUGAAAAUCAAUUACGUUAUUUGGUCUCAGUAGGACCAUUACAAGUUAAAUUAGAAGAAUAUCCGAAGAACCGAGAACUACAUGCAACUGGAAAAACAUGGAAAUUUGCUUCAAAAUGGUACGAUGAGUAUCCAUAUCUCGAAUAUAGUGUUAAAAGAGAUUCUGCUUUCUGCUUUACGUGCCGAUUAUUUCCUGAUGGACCAGGAAGUGAAAAACAUACAGAUGCUUGGGUUUCAAAUGGUGUAGCAACUUGGAAUAAGAUGAAAAGUCAAGGAAUUAAAAAGAAAGGUAAACUUGAGCAACAUUUUUCAUCUGCAUCACACAAAUCAUCAGCUGAUCGAUAUUUAAAUUUCAAGAAUAAAAAACUUCAUGUUGAUCUAAUGCUUGAUAGUAAUCGAAUGAAAGAAGAUCAAGAGCAAGAAAUGAUCCUACAAUUAAAUAAACAAGUAAUUGCUACAUUACUGGAUUCAGCUCGCUAUCUUGCACGACAAGGAUUAGCAUUUCGGCGAAAUCCAGAAUGUGAAGGUAAUUUUGUUCAACUAGUUUAUCUACAACGUCGAAAUAAUCAGGUAUUUAAUGAUUGGUUUCUCAAAAUGAAAUUAGAAAAAUAUCAGGUAUGA